CCAGCAAUUUGAGGGGCAAAAAUUAAAGACAGUGCAUUUUGAAGUGCAUGGAGUCCGCACAUAAAAAUGAUCGAUUAUAGCAACGUAACGUGGCCCUAGGGCAAGCUAAUAAAGCAGGUUUUGUCUUUUUCUUUCUUUUCCCCGGGGUUGAAGUGUUUAGACGAUUGAAUCGAUCAAUUUACUACCAAAGUGAUCAAUUUUUAGUAUAAUCUUUUGUUCUUUUAACUUUCUUGAAAUAACCAUACAAACAUACAUACAACCUUUUCUUUUUCUUUCAUGUGUUUUUUUUUUCUUCAUGUUGACUUGCUAUAAAUUUAGCCUUUUUCUCAAUUUGGAUCGCACUCUUCCUUUUCUCUCUCUCUCUCUAUCUAUCUAUCUCUCUGUGUUACUCAGCUCAUAACACAGUCUGAAUUUCACACAAAGCCACUGCCUUCUACUUUUACCUUGGUGUCUCUCACUCUCUCAGCUCAGAAGGCGGUGACGGGUUCCAUUUUUCUGUAUUUGCAAGAUCAACAUGGAGAAUCAGGAGAUUCCCCAGCUUCUUCCAGGUUUUACAUUUAAUCCUAAAGAAGAACAACUUGUUGGAUUUUACCUCAAGAACAAGGUUAAUUCCGAGUAUCAUGGCGAUGUCAUCCCUGAUAUUGAUCUUCGUAUGGAGCCCUGGGACAUCAAAGCUAAAGUACCGGGAUAUGAAGAACAAGACGAGUGGUAUUAUUUCGGGCGUAACAACAGGAAAUAUGCGACAGGAACAAAAAUAGAUAGAACCACACAAGCUGGAUACUGGAAGGUAUCAGGAUCAGAUAAGGCAGUGUUUUCAAAGAAUGGGGAGAUAAUUGGUACAAAGAGGAGCCUUGUUUUCUAUAAAGGACGAGCUCCUAAAGGAACCAGAACUAAUUGGACUACUUAUGAAUAUCGUCUCCUAACCUCCCAACAUGGACCUCCUGAUCAGACUCAGGAAUAUCAAGAAUGGGUUGUAUGCAAGGGAUUCAUCAAGCAAAGUCCAAACAAUAAGUCAUGUUUAGAAUCGAUGAAUAAUGAUUUGUGUAUUAAAGCAAUUACGAGCAACCCAAGUUCAACAAUGCAUCAUAAUGAUCCUUCCAAUCCAAUAUUUAACCAAACAUCAAAUUUCAAUCAAUUCACCUUUAAUCCCUCUCAUCAUCAAGAUGGUCUCAUCUCUAGCCAAAUUGGCGAUGAACUCCCACAACCUCGUGAUAUUCCCAAUACCAUUUCAACAAUGUUGGGUACAAAAGAAGAUCAAGGCCUUUAUGUGCAAAACUCUAUAGCCAACAAGAUGAGUGCUAACAAUGAAGAAGAGAAGAGUAGCCAAUUCAUGCUUGAGCCUGCAACAUCUUCUUAUUCGUUCCCUAAUUUUCCAUUAGCCAUCACUAGUACUUCUGACGAUGAUAUGAUGAGCCAAUUGCUUGAAGACUACCCAACUAUGUACAUCUAGCGGCCUCCAAGGAGAAGAAAAAUCUGUUUUGCAAAAACUAUCUCAUAGUAUAUAAUUAAAAGUUGAGAUGCUUCUAUAUACAUUGAAAUAUAGCUUGAUACGUGGCAUGAAGAAAGAAGGACGUGUGGCAAAACGGAGAUGAAUUGGAGUUUGGUUUAAUUUAUCCGGAAAGAAGAAUUUCAUAUGUGCACCAGACCAAGAGUUAUGGAGCAAUUGACAUGGGACAUUUAGCAUUAUUUAUUGGUUAUCAUUGCCCAUUAUUAGGCUAGAUAUACAACAUAGCUGACAUUUAUCAACUAUUAAAGGAGCUUCGAGCUCAGUGUAAUGAUCAUCUGAAAAACAUAUAUCCUACAUACAGUUGCAUGCUUUAAUUCUAGUUAUACACAAAAACGUUCUUUUACUAUUCUUUUUGGUCCAAGUAAUUAACACAAGUUCUACAAGGCCAAGUGUUC